CAAUGGCGGGGCGCAACCACGGCCCAAGUUGCAAUCUCACGUUGGGCACCGACACCAAACAGCGACAAAUUUUAUCGAGCUUGCGAUAUAUUUUCCCGCGCAAGUGCUCCUCCAUCUCAGUUCAGCACCAUCGAACCGUCACUACUAUCACGACCUCCUUGAGAAGCCGCUGCAUCGCCCCGAAAUCGGGAUCGGAACAGAGCAUGUCGAUAACAGAAGCCGACUUGGAGAAACGGUGGCAAAACCACACGAAUGCCACGUUUGCGGACACUGAAAGAAGAGCAGUCCACAAUUUUAAUGCGACCACCCACGAAAGAACUUUCGAGAGUCAAUCCUGCGAGGAAAUCCUAUUCCAAGAUGUGAAAGGUUCAACAUUGUUCAGAACAGAUGGCAGUGGACAGAUGAGGCUCCCAGGAAACAUACGCGUUAGAGCAAAAGGAGGAUGGGCAAGGUGUCUAUGAUCUAUAUAACGAAUUCAUGAAUUCGUAGCAGCGCGUCUAGCCAAUAGCCAACCCAAGAAUCAUAAACUGACCC